AUGGUGUUCCCAACAAUUUGUCCUACUGGCACGUGGAACUCGGUCGGGACGUUGAUUGGCAAUAGUUCAAGUGCUCUUAAAAAUGUGGCUGUAGAUCUGCUAAGCGGGAGCGCGUAUGCUGUUCACUUUGCCGUUCCAAACGGUCAACUUCUUAAUGUUGCUGUUCCAUAUACCGCAAUAGCAUCCAAUCUAGCAGGUGCUUGGGGUACUACUGUCGAUCACUAUUCAAACGUUUAUGUAGCAUACGCUGUUUCAGUAUUAAAGUAUCCAGGCGGGACGUUAGUAGCGGGUGGAGCUGGCGGACAAACUUCUCCUGGCAUGGCAUAUGGUAUUUUUGUCGAUUGUUUCGGUGCAAUAUAUGUAACUGACCACGCAUACCAUCGUAUUCAAUUGUGGACAAAUUCUAGUGUCGGAGUAACAAUUAUUGGCUCACAAAAUGGUACUUCUGGAAGCGGACCGAACGAUCUACUCGCACCAAUAGAUGUUAAACUUGAUCAACAGGGUAAUAUUUAUGUACUUGAUACCAAUAAUAAUCGAAUACAAAAAUACCCCCCAGGCGGCGGGACCGGUUCAACAGUAGGAAUUCUCCCAGCGAACAGUGGUGCGAAUUCGUUAUUUGUAGAUGAUUGUGGAAACUUUUAUGUCAGUCAAACAUCGGGCAUAUAUCAGUUUACUUCAGUAUCGGGUUCAGGAACAUUAAUUCCACUAACAUUUACUGGUACGUCAAACGGAAUCGCAUUUGAUGCUCAAAUGAACCUGCAUAUUAAUGUAAACAAUGGUGCAGUUGGUUCUACGUAUAAAUAUGCGUAUAUAUAA